UUCCGCCGCUCCGUGCUCUAUCUCCGCAUUAUCUCCGGAAAUGCGAUUCCGCGUCUGCGGCCGAGUCGGUAUUCGGCCGCGUCUCGUCCGUUACUCUGCCGAUCCGAUUGCAAGUGCGAGGGAUCGCGAGCGUUUCGCGUGAAGCCGAACGAUAUCGGGCUGUGCCCGUGUUUCCGCGACGGAACGAAUCGUUCGAAUAGGUUUUUCUUCCGAGUGGGAGCGCCGGGUCACGUCCCGGGUGAUCGUAUCGCGUCGCGGUGCCGCUACGACUUUCCACAUCCGCGGCACGCGGAUGCAUUCUCUCGAAAACUUCGCUCGGUAAAGUGCGCGACUUUAAGCUACGCCCGGCCGGCGCGUAUUAAAGGGAGAUAUGCCCGAAGCGCCGACGGCCAUCGACUGACAGCCGCCGCGCUUCGGAGAGGAAGAAGCCUUGCUCGAAAGCCUUGCCGAACGACGCGCGAUAUUCCAGCAUCGUCUGGCGAGGAGAUGCGAGAUCGCCAGCACGAGUGCACGUAGAUCGUGAGACGCGAAGAGACAUCGGCCUUUUCGUCCCGAGACGUCGCUCGGCUCGCGAAAUGUAGCUUGCCGUGCGAUCCUCCGUGCUUCCGCGAAGGGAAGGCGGCGAUUGUCGCGGUCUCUCCUCGCUUUCUACACCCAAUCGUCUUUCUCUCGCGUCUUGCUCUCGCGUUUGUUUCGUCGAGGUGCUGGCUAUUUCUCUCCAACCUAUAACCUCCCCGAGAAGUGACAUAACGAAGUUUUUUUCGCCGCUGCUUCAAAAACUGAGAGACGUCGGGCAAGAGGCGAACGGUUGACGGUGAUGUGCCAGUGUGUAGGAUACUAGGAGCAGAAGGACUCCUCUUCCUUCGUCGAACCGAGAUGACGGAAGGUUGCCUGUCGGACGCGUUCGACUAGUCGUCACAGUGGAGUUCUGCUUAAUCGCAGCCUCGGGAGGGGGUGGUUCGAUGUUGGUCCCUCCCGUGGCCCAAGGUGGGACCGGCGAUCGUCCCGUGGGGGACACGGUGGCACGGGCGCAGCAGACGACGACUGGCACCGCCGCCGCUACCACGACCCUAUGGCCCUUAGCACCUGCGCAGCCCAAUCAGGUUGCCAAUCAACAGGCCCAGGGCAUACCACCCCUGGCCGCUACGCCUGCGCCCGCUCACAAUCAAGGUGCGAACCGCUACGGACUGUAUUCGUUAUUCCCGGGGGGUGGCGGGGGCAGUUACGUCGCCGCCACUCCUGCCACCCCCGGGCAACCCACGCCAACACGGGCUUAUCACGCGACGACGCACAAGGUUUCAGAGAGCGUGUUUUCCGCGGCGGUCGGGGUUGGGGUGGGUGGCUACACCUGGGGCGCUCCCACGCCACCGCCGGGAUCGCCCUACAGCCCCGUGCCCGUGACGCAGCUGGAGCUGCUGGCGAAAAACCUGGCGAAUUUGGCGCCCGCGGCCGCGGCAGCGGGCCAGCAGGCCCUGAGUCUUCAGGGUGUCGGCGUUAACGUUGCCGGUAGCCUCCAUCACGCCCAGCACACGCAGCACACCCAACACACCCUCAACCUCACCGGCCUCCACCAUCUGCAUCACGGCGGCCUUCAUCAGAACGCGUUCUCGCCCCAGCUGUCCCUGGUGACCGGCAGCGCGCCAACGCUGACCAUCAACAGCUUCUCGUCGCCCAACUCGGCCAACGUCGCGUCGACGACGGGCGUUCUUCUACAGGAGUACCAACCGCCGAUAGAUGCGGCAGGAUGCAACGUCACCGUCAAUUCAGGCACGUCCUGCCUCACCAACACCAGCAGCACGAGCAGCGGCAUGCUGGUGCACGGUGGUGGCGGUGGCGCCGUUCAAGCAGCCACCACCGGCGCCGUCGCCGGUUCCGCUACGGCCACGAAGAAGCGGGAGGCCUUUCUGCCGAGUCAAGGCCAACCGGUGAAGCUGGAGAACAAAUCGAGCAGGACGUCAUGCCUCUGCAGGAACAGCAACGGAAAGACCAAGAUGGUGCAUUCGGACGUGGGAUGCAGCAGGACGUUACCUGUCGCCUCGUCUUGGAACGGUCAGGACGCGGCUGCCAACAAUGGCGGUGCCGGUUUGACAGUUAAGAGAGAGCCCCUGGCUUCGGUGCCCUGCCAAGUCGCCGAAGUUUCCACGUCCCUGCACGCCACCACGACCUCCGUCAAGAUUGAGCCCGUUCCACCUAAAUCCGAGAACGGGAUAGCGGUCUCGAACGCGGCUACCGGUGGCAUACCGGUCGGCAUCGCUGUGGCGAGACAGCGGUUACAACACCAGGAGACUUCGACGUCAAUGCGCAAUGUCUCCCUAAGUCAUCACACGUCGCAUCAUGCGACGAGCUAUCAUCAUUUCCAGCCGGACAACCUAGGCUCCGGCACGGCCAUGGCGGUAGGCGGCACCACCCUCGUGCACUGCGGAGGGCCUGGAGGGGAGGAUCGUGCGGCCCACCUAACUGCCAUUCCCUCCGGGGCGCUCGCGCCCUCGUUGAGCCUGAAUUCCAGUCUGAAUUCCAGCCUGAAUUCCACCCUGGGCAGCAUCGGCGGCGCACCGGCGGCCGACGCGGCCGCCACUGCGUGGCCGCCCACGCUGUGGCAGUAUCCGGCUGCAGCGGCUGCAGCGAUGCCAACGGAACCGGUGGGCUUUCCACAAAUGGGCACCGGCCUGCAGGGCGGUUUGCAGCUGGUCCGCGAUCCGUCCGGACAUGUUAUCCUCAUUCACGCCGCGGAACAAAUGCAGCAAGCCGUGGUGUGGCCGAAUUACUCUAAUCACAAUGGUAAUGUCGCGCCCCCGCCGCUCCUGUUACCGCCCCCGCCACCCUCGAUACAGCUUCUGAGUGAUAUCGGCGGCGCGCGACUCGUGUUAACCGAGAGCAAAAGGAAGCAGCAAAGCGCGUUACCGAUCGUCAAGAUUGAAGCGGAAUGCAGCAACAGUCCGACUACCAUAAUCACGUCCUCCACCGAGUCAUCCAAGACCGCACUGCAGACUAUGACCUCCGUGACUGGCGCCCUGGUACCGGACGCGGCCCUGGUCACCACGCUACACUACUAUCCACCGGCGCCGGCGCUGGUGCAGAUCAGCCAGGCCGAGCCUGCCACGAACUGCAGAUCGCAGGCCACGUCGCCAGUGUCGUAUUUGACGCCACCUCCGGAAGUACCGGCGACGAUUCGCGCGAUCGAGCCGCCGUCGUUCGGUGUCCAGGAUGCCUCGAAUCAGACCGAUGCGCCCGAGGAUAUCGAGGAGCAGAAGCAGGAAACGCUCGUGAAGCAGGAGCAGAAUCCGAGUCCCUGCCAGGUCGCGUCCCAGUCGAAUCCGGGAAAUUUCGAGAUUGCGGCACCGCCACCGCCGACGGAGAGAAUCUGCAACGUCGUCAGAAUCACGACGACCACGACUACGGUGAAUCCGACCGUCUGCGGUAUCGUCGCCAAGGUGGAUAAGGCUGAGAACACGAUCAUCAACAUGGCCGAUUGCGCCAAGUAUUCGGCGAAGGACGGUAAAGCGAUCGUCAAGGCGAUUGAACACGACGAACGGACAGAGGAGGAGAUGAGGAGCAAAGAUGACAAGACACCAGUCAGGGGUGGCAGGAUCGGUGCUAGGGUCAUUGAGAUUACCGAGGAGAAUUGCGACAGCUUCCACGAGAAUCUAGAGUUUUUCGGAAGAAGGAGAGAUGUCAGUGUGGAUCAAAGCGAUAAUUGUCCCAAUGACGAAGAGGACAUUGCGCAAGAAUCUAAGAUUGAUGAAAAGAUAGAGGUCGAAUCAAAGAUCAUCGACGCAUCAGAGAAUGUUAAAGCUCAUCGUCAAAUAUGCGUCAAGACAUCAGAACCGCCGAUCUUUAACGGAUUCAAAGAAAGAUCCGCCGAUUCUACAGAGACGUCGAAAAUCAAUUGUGAAAGUUGCGACAAAAAUGUCACAAGGGACAUCUCGAACGGCGAAAUACGGCCUCAGAUCACAGUAAAGUCUUUCGAUAUGCCCAAUAUCGAUUGCGACGAUCAGGAAAUCGUGCAACAGGUGGUCGUUAAGCAGGAAGCCGACGAAAGCUGCUACGAGACGUGCUGUGAGGCAUCUCGGUGCGAACCAACAUCCACCAGCGAGAGAGCCAGACUGCCUAGUUGCGAAAAAUUAUCACCCGAGGCGACAAAGAGGCACACAGUGGAGAAAUCUCAUCAUCCAGGUAUUGAGAAUGUGGUGGAAAAGCUGAAAAAGAACGCAGCAGCGCUGCAGGAGGCAGCGGCACUACCUACCGUUCAAAAGUUUGACGAAUCCAUCGAGAGAUCAAACACGGAGAGCGUCAAAUCGCGCAGACAUUCCGAGACGAUCCCAAAGAAGCUGCAUUUCUUAAGAUCGUGCCAAAAUUCUAUAGAGGGUGCUGUCGAUAUUGAGGUCUCCUCUUCCUCGCAGUCCACGACAUCGGAACGACAUGUUCAGGACGAAUCGGGACAGUAUUCGUCGUUGAUAAAGAAUGACAAACACUUGAACGAUAGCAGCAAGUCGUGCAAUAUAUCUGAAACAUGCCUGCUCGGCGACAACAACAACGACAGCAGAAGCAACAACAACAAUAUCAAGACUCUUGAGGACAAGAAGUUGCUCGCUAAAAGAGAGAAGAACCUCGUCUGUGAAGUCACUGCUUAUGUCAAACCCAAGACCGUCUGGCGAUGCGAGGUGCAGCCAAUCAAAAAGCCUCAGACUGUUUGUAAACCCGAUGACGCGUCCUCGGAGACGAAAUCCAGAAUCGAAAGCCAACAAAAGCCGGCCAUUGAUCUGAGUGGUCUCGAGUUAUUGUCGAAUAGCAUAGAACAAUUGGAGCAACGAGUCGGUCAUCCGGAACAACUUCAAUCGGACAUAGAACCUGCGGAAAAGUUGUCUGUUAGAGGCAAGGUAAUGAAUCAACAGAGCGAGAAUAAUAAUAAUAAUAACGUCGGCAACUCCCUUGGCUUGCUAUGCGCGUUGGCUGAACAAAUUAUGGAGGUGGAUGAUAAAGCUCCCCGGAAACUGAAUUUGGAAAGCUCGGAGGAAAUCUCACAGGCUAGUAGGUUACUAUUGAAUCUAGGCAGAGGCCCAAAUUAUCCCGAGCCAGAAGGAAGCAAGAGAAAAUAUAUUGAGGAUGACGAUUCGCAUCAUUCCAAACGAUCCAAGCUUAAUAACGAAGAACAAAUUAAUAAGAAUGAAUCGUUUCCGAAUCAUAACGAUAAAAUGAUCGAGGACAGAACGGGAAAGCAGCAGGAGGAAAUUCUUCAAAAGAGGUCGAAAGAAGUUAAUAAAAAUGAAGAGAGAACUACGGAAAUUAUGAGGAAACAGCAAGAACGAGAUGUUUUAAAAUCGAAAGAAAGCAUCAAGUAUAACGCUUCCCUACUGAAAAACAAGAUAACGGAAGCUACAAAAAGACAGCAAGAAGGAGUCUCUCUGAAAUCGAAGAAUAUUAAAGAUAUUCUUGAUUUCUCUGAAGAAGAAAUCAAUAACAAAGUCAUUAGUAUGGAAGAUCAAUCUUUCGAUAGGGAUAGUUAUUCCAAUCAACGUGACCCGAAGCGUAUUAAGGAUCUGCAAAUUUCCUCAAACGAAACAUUCGUUAAUUCACAAAAUAAUGCUGCCCAUAUUAAUAAAAUCGGCAAACAAGACGAUUUCUCGGACUCGGAAAGCGAAGUGUUCGAGUCGAAGAUUCUUCCCGAUCAGCCAGCGAGCUGCGAGAUUGACAGUCAAAAGAUGUCCGUCGAAGAGAGAGACAUUCACGAUUAUAAAAACGUACGAACCAAAUUAGAGGCAAAGAAAUUCAUAGCUAGAAAAGGAAAUUGCGAGAACAAUGAUGAUGAUUGGCCAAAUAUGAAUGCUACUGAGCUGGACAUGAGAGUCAGGAUGGCCGACAUCCAAAGGCAAUAUAGAGAGAAGCAAAGAGAGCUCUCCAAGUUAAUUCCCAAGAAGGACGACAAGAAGAACUUUGGCAGGCCGCGAAAGAAGAGCCAUUCCUCCACCAGUUCCGAGCACGGAAUAUUGUCGUCGCCGCCGCUCACGUUAGAUCCCAUGAAUUCUCCAUUGCAAAAAUCGCCGUCGAGAUCAUCGGAAUUGUUGGACGGUGCACCUCCACCGUUAGCCUCGGCCGUCCUCGCUAUGCCGAGGUGCAACGUAAAUCUCGUGAAACUCGGUGAGCCUAGGAGUCAUAUAAAGCUUCUGGAUAGCAUACCUAGUAUUCCGAUAUCAGCACCGCCGGUGGCAUCGCCGGUCCCUGGUUCCAGCAAAACGGUACCGGAGGAUGACGAGAAGAGUACAGGAACAUUGGGUUACGAUACCUCAUCACCAGCACCGACUGUCGCGAGCUUGAACUCCGCUUCCAAGAAGAGAAAAGUAGGACGACCAAGAAAGCUCACGUGCACCUCGGGCAGCGUUAGACACUUGACGGAAACAAUUGUCGCCAAGAAACCUAAGAGCAAGAGUUCUCUAGUGGGUUACGUGCUAUCUUCAAAGAGCAGACAUUUACAAACCAAACAAUGCAUUAACAAUAGAACCGGCUAUACACCGUUACCAUUCAAGUCCGGAGUGUCUCUCCCGAAGACACAAUCCAAGAUGCAAAAAGCCACGAAAGCAAAGGCAAAGCCGGUGAAGCAAACUCCGUUACACAAUAAAAAUGUGAUUAGCUCGAUUAUCGCUGAAAAGGCGAAACUGAGUCAAGAGAUGAAGCUUGAGAAGCAUGGUGGUAAAGUAAAACCAAAGCUGAAAGCGGAGAUAAAGAUGAAAAAUUGGGAAGACGACGAAAACGACACGGUACCAUCUGAGAACGUUCCAUCCGAAGAAUCCAUCAUUCAAAAACUGAUCGAGGAGACGCCGGUAGAAUCGUCGGUGGAACAGCCAUCGGAGAAAGAGCCGGAAAGAUCGCGGCACGAGAAAUCGAAAAAGAAGAAGCGAAAGUCCAGCUCAUCGCAGUCGCCGAGCCACGACCGGAAGGAAUCCAAGCGGCGCAAAUAUUUGGAGUAUGAGCAAUGCGCAAAGACCGUUGCCGCCGCUGCCGUCGCGAGGACCAACGAGACCAUCGUCAAUCGAUGCAAACUGACGUCCGCUCAUCUAGACAUUGAUCAGCUGCGCGUUCUCAUGGCGAACGGCGGUCUUUUCUACGCGGGCAGACUCAGCGCUGUGCAGGCGCCUGAUGUUUAUGCCAUCACAUUAGACGGCGAACGCGGCAACAAACCGCACAUUUAUUCCCGAGAAGAGAUUUUGAGAGACGCGAUUGUAGAAGUGCGUCCGAGUUCGACAAAAGAGCUACCGCCUGGUACAAGAUUGUGCGCGGUUUGGAGUGAAAAGUACAGAUGUUUGUAUCCGGGAACCGCUGUAGAACCUCUCGUACCUAAUCCGAUUGACGACGAGAAAUAUGUCACCGUGGAAUUCGACGAUGGAGACAGCGGUAGUAUUCCCUUGAACCAUAUCAGAUUGUUGCAGCCUAAUUAUCCUCUCGUAGAAUAUGAUCCGAAUCCUCUUCUCUCAUUGGGCAAACGACGCCGGCAAAUAUCCUCUUCGGAAGAGAAGCGUUCCGCGAACAAUCAAGCCGUUCCGGCAAACGCGGUAGUCGAUAACAAUAGUUUUGCAGUCUGCUCCAAUGUAGGAGAAUUCACAGUGAACAGCAACGAAUGCGCUAACGAAACGGAUAUCGAAACGAACAUCGAAACGAGCAGCACGAGCGGCAGCACGGAAUACCGUAGGAAAAAGCAUAUGAAGAAAAUAAAAAAGAAAAGGCUACUCGAGAGUCAAGAAGGAAAGAAAAAACAUAGAAAACACAGAUCCCGCAAGGAACAUCGUAGGCAUAAACAUAGAAAACAUCGAAAACACAAGCACAGACACCAUAGCAGUUUUGGUGAUACGAGCAACGUAAGCAAUUGGGAAAACAAUCAGGAGCAGGGGAAUGAGGAGGAAACAAUUACAAACUUAUCGAGUACAAAUUUUCCCGCUGCCGAGGAGACAAGAUUGUCCGAGGAGAAUGACGAGACCAAAGGCUCGUUAUUAACCAUUCAGAAAGACGACGAGGCUCAAGUGGAGCCUGAAGAGUCACCAGACUCAACCCAAAAGAAUGACGUGGUUUCCGAAGCAAUAUCCGAAAAGCCGACAGAACCGGUCACCCAGGAAACUCUACUAGAACCCGAGGAACCGUCGGAACCGGUCCAAGUGUACGAGGAGGCUCAGAUGGACUUUGGAGAAUCGUCGGAAGACGUCCAAGCGAACGACGAACAGCCCGAAGAAUCGCCAGAAUCAAUCCGGAAGAAGACGCAGCCAAAAGCGUCAACGAAUCGCACCUCAACGAUACGCGGCACCAUGUCCAAUGUCGCGUGUCGCAUCUCCAAGAUAGGUCGCAUCUCUAAAGUAAAUCGCGUCUCCAAAGUGAAUCGCAUUUCGACAAAUCGCGCGACGACAAGAAACACUUCGGUUGCUUCGGCGAAUUGUACUAACACGAAUCGCGCCUCGAAAAAUCGCGCCACUGUCCAGACGAACCUUUCUGGCCCAUCGAAUCCUGUCGAGACGCCCAGUCCGAUAGCCCGUAUGCUGCCCAACAAACGCCAUUGGAAAUGGGCAAGCGCUAGCCGCGUAUCUGGCGGAAACCAAUAUUUUACAGCCAUCCGUCGCGGUAGGGAAACGAUAACCAUAGGCGACAGCGUACUGUUUUAUUCCUACCGAAAACCACACGAGAAACCUUACAUCGGUAAGAUAGUAUCAUUGUGGUUGAAUCAGAAAUUGGAAAUGAGGGUCAGAUCUCAGUGGUUUUAUCGCCCCGAAGAGCUGCAACAGCCCUGUAUUCUGGAUCCUCCGGGCGGCCUGUUCGAAUCCAAGCACAGCGAUUCGAACGACGUGCAGACGAUUUCGCACAAAGUGAUGGUGUUGCCACUCGAGGACUAUAACAAAAUACUACAGGCAUCGCAGAAACAUCAAAAGGGAUACGAAGACAACGAUCCUUAUUACUAUUAUGCCGGUUUCUACAUGCACCCGACAGUGACGUAUGCGCCCGGAGUCACAGCUGUUUUACAAGAAUGAGAACAGCUUAAGCUGACGAUUAAGUUAAGCGGGAUUACUUAAUCACGGUCAGCCAAGGAUAAAAAUUCCGCAAAUUUUUCUCCGUUUAAAGAAAAAAAAAACGACUCGCGCACUUUGCGGAGAAAAAAGAUAAUUUUAGAAGCUUACGCUGACAAAAACGUAGGUGAUAACAUUUUCUUCUUCCUAUCACAUUUUAUUGCGAGAGCGCUGCUCGGAUAAAAUCCACAAGGCACAAGCAUUACUUUACUCGCGAGAAUACUUAAUCAAUUGUCUACCAAUUGACAAACCUGUUCAUUCAUUCGAUAUCAUUGCGAAAACAUCUUUAAUCAUCGCGUUACGUGAGAGACGAAAAAAUCCCAUCGAACUGAUUAAGAUCUUUAAAGAAUAUGCAUACAUAUGUUAUUGACUCAUAUUAUGUUACUUGAGCGUUUUCAUAUUUUUAAUUACGAACUAAUAUUAGUUAUUUACUAUAUAUUUGUUAUACAAUUGAAGAAAUAAUUACGGUCAAAUAUAGAAUCAUUCACCUCUUGUCCAUCAUAGAGAUAAAAAGAAAAGAGAACAAGGAUGCUUGAUGAAACUGUUUGAAGCUUAGAUACAUGUGUAAAUAACAUUUACAAUAAUAAAUUGUGACGAUGAUCGAA